UCAUCGCAUAUUCUCAUUGCCAAUUUCGUCAUUGACUUUUAGCUAAUAAUAUUCCCUCGUAAGUCGUGACAAAAUCUUGGGGGAAAAAAAGCACAAAAAUGAAAUAUAGUGUAAAUAUAAAAUGAGACAACUGUAAUAACUAACAAUCCCACUAAUCCAAAACGUGCUUCAUUUCAUUCUGCCUACUAUAUAUACCCUCUGCCUCCCAAUCAAAUGUAAAUGACUCCGUCUUCUCUUCUAUCAACUCUCAUUUUAAUUUUAUGACCCACUAAAUAAAUAAUUAAUGCUCAUAUUUCAUUCAAUGUGACUCAGUCGCCCAGCAUCUCUCUAUAUCUCUGUGGCUGCCGUUUCAUUUUCGAUCGAGAUCCGAAUUUCGCUGCGGAAUUGAAUCGCCUUUCAGACAUCCGGGAAUCUGUAAUUUUGUCUCUCGCAGUUAUUCGAUUCGGAGUUAGGAAUGGCAAGUGAGGAUCUUAAUUCGGAAGAAUUUAUCAAGCAGUUUCGAAUCCCCGGCUAUAUACUUGACCCAAACUCAGAAAUUCAGUAUCCCCCUUGUAAACCCGAAUGCCCCGUUUUGGUAUUUAUCAACUCAAAAAGUGGUGGUCAGCUUGGUGGAGAUCUUCUCAUUUCGUAUCGCACUGUACUAAAUGAAAAGCAGGUUAUUGAUUUAGGGGAAGAAGCUCCGGAUGGUGUACUGCGUAGGCUUUUUGUCAACCUCGAAAAGCUCAAGAACAAUGGUGAUGAAGUUGCUUCUGAACUCGAGAAGAAGUUGAAAAUAAUUGUUGCUGGUGGAGAUGGUACAGCUGGAUGGCUUCUUGGGGUGGUUUCCGAUCUGAAAUUAGCUCAGCCACCACCGAUUGCUACCGUGCCUUUGGGAACUGGAAACAAUCUGCCGUUCUCAUUCGGUUGGGGUAAGAAAAAUCCUGGAACCGAUCGUGAUUCUGUGCUGUCGUUCUUGAAUCAAGUGCGGAAAGCAAAAGACAUGAAGAUCGACAGUUGGCAUAUUCUUAUGCGAAUGGAGGCGUCAAAACAGAGCUCUUCUUGUGAUCCAAUUGCUCCUCUCGAUUUGCCACAUUCGCUGCAUGCAUUCAAUCGGGUUUCUUCGUCAGAUGAUCUCAAUGUUGAAGGUUACGACACAUUCCGGGGAGGAUUUUGGAACUACUUUAGCAUGGGAAUGGAUGCGCAAGUUUCCUAUGCAUUCCACUCUGAACGAAAGCUGCAUCCAGAAAAAUUCAAAAACCAGCUAGUUAAUCAGAGUACAUAUGCAAAGCUUGGAUGCUCGCAAGGAUGGUUUGCUGCUUCUCUCUUUCAUCCUUCUUCGAGAAACAUAGCUCAACUUUGCAAGGUAAAGGUCAUGAAAAGACAUGGUGAUUGGCAAGACCUCGAUGUUCCUCACAGCAUCAGGUCAAUUGUUUGCCUUAACUUGCCAAGUUUCUCGGGUGGACUUAAUCCAUGGGGAACUCCAAAUAGUAAUAAACGUCGCGAUAGAGAUUUGACUCCACCAUUCGUAGAUGAUGGGCUAAUCGAGAUUGUUGGUUUUAGAGAUGCUUGGCAUGGACUUGUUCUACUUGCUCCUAAUGGACACGGGACACGUCUUGCACAGGCACACCGUAUCCGAUUCGAGUUCCACAAAGGUGGGGCCGACCACACGUUCAUGAGGAUAGACGGGGAGCCGUGGAAGCAGCCACUACCAGUAGACGACGAAACAGUUGUAGUAGAAAUCUCACAUCUCGGCCAAGUUAAAAUGCUUGCCACACACGACUGCAGAUCCAAAAGUUUUAUGGAUCCCGCUUCUCCAAUGUCUUACGAAGCUGAUGAAAGGGACAGUGACAACGAGGACGAAUCUGUCGGGGCCGAAUGGAGAAAGUUCGGAGCGGCAGAUACUUUCAAGAUUCCCGAUGGGGUCGAGAUUUCUCAUCUCAGCUAAUGCUCAUCAAUCAGUAAAUGGUUUUUUUUUUUUUUUUUUUUUAAUUGAAAUUGCGUAAAUCGUGCUUAUUGAUGAUUGAUUUAAACAUUAACUAUAGCUCAACCCUCUCAGUUCUUAGGAUUUGGUUUUUUGAUUGUUUGUUUGUUGAUUCAAAUUACAUGAAUAAGGGUAAGGGUGUGGUUUUCGUUUCUUUUGUUAGCCUCUAACGGGGAGGAUUUGUUGAAGUUGUAAAUUUGAUCAGGAUUAAAAAACCAAGACUGAGAUUAAUUGAUUGUAUGCUUUAUUUGUUUGCAAUAUAAAUGUAAUUAUGUGGAA